AUGGCACCUUGGCAGGAAGAGAUCCUCGUACCUGGUAGACCAAGCACUCUGAAACUCUCUGAGUACUUGGAGUCUGGACCUCAUGUUCCUUCAGGUCCGCCACCAGGUCUUGAUCUUCCUCUCACCCUGCUGGAGAGGCGAAGUGGGCCUCAGAUUCCACAGGUGCGGGAGCCGACCAAGCGCAUGAAACGCAUGGCCUUCACCAGCUUCCUCCGCACACCCAACGGCGCAGAGGAGACCUGUUUGAAGCUCGAUUCGGCCAUGCUCGAUUCGAGCUAUGUGGCAGAAUUGGUGGCGGCGGUUCUGCCCGACUUGCCUAGCUUGGCAUGUGAUCCACAAGGAAUCCAAGACAAGCAUGGCUGCUGGUUCAUGCAGCAGGCGCUGCACUUCGUUCCUUGCGAGCUCCAGGAAUUGAUCCAAGAGGAACUGAAAGGCAAAAUUUUGGCUUGCAGUCAGCACCUUCAUGGGAACUUUGUCUUGCAGAAAUGUGUCGAGCUGCUUCCGGGCACCAUCUCUUUCAUCAUCAAAGAGCUCAAGAAUCAUGUCAUGGAGGCAGCCAUGCAUGUGUAUUCCUGUCGGGUGCUGCAACGCAUCAUCGAGCGCAACGACAAACGCUUGUUUGGCCGCCCCGACAUGAUCGGAGUUUUGGAGACCUUGUUGCGAUUGGAGAACCUGCAAAAGUUGGUGAUCGAACCCUAUGGAAACAAUGUCAUACGGGCCGUCCUAGCUUGCGGGACCAGUCUGCAUGUGCAAAAGAUCAUGAAAGUUUUUGCUUGUGGAGAGGCUGGCUUAUUGGCCUUGGCCCGGAAUCGGCAUGGCAGCCUUGUCCUUGAGAAAUUGUUGGAAACCUUGAACGGAGAACUUCGAAACGAGCUCCAAGCGGAACGCGAAGCUCUCAUGUGUGCCAUUCUUGGUGGCACAGAGUCUUCGCUCUUCGUGCAGAUUGCAUUAGACAGGUUUGGUAACUACAUUGCGCAGAGGACCAUCGAGGUGUCCGAGGGUCAAGAGCAGCAGAGAGUUCAAGAACUUCUUAAAAGUCUUGGUCCAAAGCUGCGGCGUGCGGCGAAUGGAAGGCACAUUUUGCAAGCAGCCCGGAAGAGAUUUGGCUCAACACUCAGUGUUACCGACCUGGGAUCAUGA